GUGAGUUAUACUUUAACAGGCGAACACCGUUUUCCAGCGACUAAUGGAUUGGAGAUUUGCAUAAAUUCUCCGCAAUUUGUAUCUAUUUCUUUCGUUCAUCUAAAUAGGCAAGUGUGUAAUAAUUCGACAACUGCAUGUACAACUCUGUGUGCAUCUCUAUCAGACACACUGCUCAAAUGAGAGAUGCUUAUCUAAGCAUUAACACUGAUGAGUUGAAGGUGAAAUUCACGACUUUUGAUUUAAAAUUUCCAUAUCCCUAAUAAUAAACUGCAGUUUCAUAAUCAUUAGACAUCUGCGUCUAACUGCACCAGUGUAAAUUAGACUUAAGCAUAUUCUGAGUAGGCAGUUACGUGAAUUACUGAAAUCAGAUUGAAGAUUCCUAAAUAGGAUUAAUAAUCUGCUCGGUAAGCUAACUACUUCUUAUUAAAUCAAAAGUUAAUGGAUUUCAUUUCAAAAGCACAAUGUUUAUGUAAAAUUACUUUUUUUUUAAAAAUUAUAAGUAAUAUGCUUAUUUUUCUAUGCAACUAUACAUUACAGGAUAAAUAUGGUUACCCCGAAUACCACUGAUUUUUAUCGAUUUUGUGAUCUUGUCAUGAAAUCAGUUGGAGAGAUGAGUCCAUCGCUUUACGAUUUACCUUGGCUUCCUGGAUUUGAUGAGUGUAAUACAGAUUAUGAACGUAUCAAAAAGUUUAUGUCAAUGCCAUUUCUCAAAGACUUUAAGAUCACAAUGUCCGACCAACAUUCAGCCAAGAAAAACGACUCUACAGCAAAAAGAAAGCGUGAACACGGAAAUGAAGCAUGGCGUGCUAAUAAAAUUUCUCUAGCUCUUCGUUGUUACACUGAAUCAAUUUUCUUUGCUGAUAGUUGCGAAGAAAAAGCUCUUGGAUAUGGCAAUCGAUCGUGUGUACUUAGUCGUAUCGGUGUACACGAGGCAGUAUUACAGGAUAUUGAUCUGGCUAUUAAGCAUAAUUUCCCCAUUGACCGUCGUCCACGUCUGCUAAUACGUCGUGCACAAAGUCUUUAUGAACUUGGACGUGAUAAAGAGGCCUUGAAAGAAUAUGAUGAUUGUCUGGAAUUGAUUAAAUCCGAGAAUAUAAUACUUUCUAAGGCUUUAGACGAAGUGAUUCAACAAGGCAGAAAGAAAUGUUUACAUACAGAACGAAAAGAAGUGAUAAAAGAUUUAGAAAAUAGAAUUUCAACUAUACCAUUUUUUGUACAUGAAGUCAAUUUAUUAACACCAAAAAAUGAAGUAAAUCAAAGUGAACUCGUAAAGAUUGAUAAUAUCCCGGUUAGUGAUGACAAGAAUAGUGAAAAUUGUCUAAUUCAUUCAAGGCUUAUGCAUCCUCUUCAUGCUCAAAAUCCACCAGCAGUUAAAUUGAAUUGGAAUGAUGAAUAUGGUUGGCAUAUUGUAGCUGCAAGAGCAAUUAAACCCGGUGAAUUACUCAUCCGCGAUAUACCAUAUUCUUGUCGACUUCAAUACGAUAGACUGUUGCUCAACUGUUAUCGUUGUUCUAAACGAUGCAUUAAUCUUAUACCGUGCCGUAAAUGUACUCAGGUCGGAUUUUGUAGUGAAACAUGUGAACAAGCGGCUUGGGAACCAUUAUGGUCCAGUGACAAUAAAUUAUCAUCAACAACUAAUCCUUCUCUACCCUCACAUUAUUUUGAGUGUGGACUUGUUGACCGCUUACUAUUAGAUGAUUAUGCUGGCUGGAAACGAUUACGUAAAGCAUUGUCGUCAAAACUGACAACGGUUGCGGAAAAAUGCAAAGUAUUCAUAGAUAAACUACCAGAGGAUGAUAUAAUCGGCGGGCCGAAUAUUUCAUGGCUUUCUUUUGCUCUCUUAGCCCGAACUUCUCCAACAACCUUGCUAGAGUUAAUUAAAACCUCCUUAGACAAACUCAGCUGUCAAGUUGACUCAAAACAAGUUCACGAAGAAUUGUUAUCAUUUACUGGUCAUCGUGUAGUUCCACAGAAAGGCUGGGAUGAUUAUACGUCUAUUGGCUGGCUAAUUACAAACUCGGAUAAACGCAAACCUAGUGAUCUAUGGCAACGAUGUGUAGCUGCUGUUUACCUAACGUUUUGUCUUGAAGCUGGUGGUUAUCCGCUUCAACGGGAAGAUAAUAUUCCUGAAAAUAAUCAUUCCAUUAGUAGCCUACUUCCAUUCACAUGGGCAUCUACAUGCAUCUUACAUCAUCUUCAGUGUGUAUCGUCAAAUGGUCAUUCAUUAUCCCAACCAGAGUAUAUCCUCUCAGAAGAAACUAGUAAAGAAUUAACUGAGCCUGGAAUUGACUUAAAUCUCUUGUCAUCAAUUGAAUUAUCAAAUUGUCUAUAUCCAGUUCUUUCAUUGAUUAAUCAUUCAUGUGAUCCUAAUGUGACUAAUGUUACUCAAAGUGAAUUCCAGUGUUCAAUAUAUUCUCUUCGUCCUAUUCAGUGUAAUGAAGUAAUCUAUGGAAAUUAUGGUUUGCAUUAUGCAGUACAUUCGUUAACUGAACGGCAAAAUUCCUUAAAAUCACAAUAUCAUUUUCAGUGUACUUGUACUGCAUGCGUCAAUAAUUGGUCAGGUAUGAAUAGCAAUAUUAUGCGCAGUAUGGAUUUCCAAUUAAAAUGUUCCACUUGUUCAGGAGCAAUUGUUUCUAAUGCAUUGAAUAAUUAUAAUAAUAAUAAAGUUGAGCUACCGAAAGGCGGACAACUUUGUUAUUGUAGUCAACAAAUUCAAAUGAAAUCAAUAAGUAGGUUUCAAAAAUUGUUUUUCAAUGAUUUAUUCAAUAAAUUCGAUACAAUACCCUUAUCAUUUCAAAAAACUUCACCAAAUAAAAUCAAUGAUAAAUUUUUAAACAAAUUUAUUGCCUAUACAACACGUAUGUUGAGCACAGAUUGUUUAUAUGGUAUACUUCAACGACCAUGUAUUCAGUUAGACUGGUUACAAGAAUUAUUGAAACAAUUAUUUGAUCUUCAGCAUACUUCAUGGUCGUAUGAAAGUGAAAUAAUUCGAUCAGCCUUUUAAAAAAAAGAGUUCUUGUUCAAUUCUUUUGUAUUUUUUUGUAUCCUUAUACACUUGCAAACUUCCAUUGGAUUUCUAAACACAGUUUAUCUAUUUUACAACUGCGUUUUAUUAUUAUUCCAAAUAAUUUUGUCUACUUUUAACUUCAAUAGUUUCAUUAUCAUAAUAGUCAUCUUAGUCCAACUAUUACCACCCACCCGCCUAAUAUUUUAAUUUCAAAGUUUAUAGAAUCACUUCCCUUUUUUUAAUAAGUAAUAUUUAUUUAGUGCCUUUUGCAUGAUUUAUUUAUUUAUUAUUUUGUUCUUUGUGUAAGACUAAAACUAGUGAUGAUUUCAGUUCACAUCUGCAAUGUAACUUGCGUUCUUUCAAGUUAACAAACAUGCCUUACUGAUAUAUGUGCGUCACUGUCACAGCGAUUGGGACUCUCAGCGACCAUGCACACGGUCCGAGGUUCGAUCACCUACCGACGCACACGCGAUAUCAAUGGUCGGGUUGCCUGCAAAAUUUAGGCUACUUAUGAUAUCACAUGCUGAAAAUUCC